UAAGACAUUUGAAAAUUAUAAAAAGCAACAAAAAAACUCUUAAACUGUUAAAAAACAUCAGUGUGUCUAUCAAUAGAAAAAAAAUGUCAUCCCUUUCCAGCCAACCGUGCAAUGGAAGCAAUCAUAGGAUGAGGAGGAGGACAGUCAUAUUAUUAUCAUCCAUGUCUAAACAAUUGUUAACAACACAAAACAUACUACUGGUGCUGAUGAUGAUGUCGUCUAUCAGCAUCAGCACCGGCAGUAUUGUUGUUACCGGUAAUGCCAACAACAACAACAAUGAUAUACAUCAUAAUUAUCAUCGAAACGACAAGUUAUCGUCAGGUGCUGCUGCUGUCGAUGACAUCCUAAACAACAACAACAACAACACUGAUAAUCACACAACAACUUCAUACCAGACACUGGGAUCAAAGUGGAGGACAGCCCAACAGGAGGCGGAAAACAGUGUGUUUAAUAUAGUCAAUGGCCAACUACCCAUGGACAGGGAGAUCAAUAUCUAUGUGCUCAGUGGAGAAGCUAAAAGAUUAUAUUAUCAGAUUCACGAGUCGGGCCACGAGAUGACAGUUACGGUAACACCGUGUGAGUCGCCUAUUGUCUGGAAACUGUCGUUUUUGGCCCGAAAACGGCCUACAAAUAAAGAUCGUCGGUCUAAAAAUAAUAAUAGACGAAGAUAUAAGAGACGACACAAUAAGUUACUGAUGGGAAGGAAUGGUAUACUAAAUAAGGCUAAGACUGUCCUAUUGGCCAACUAUUCGGCCGGCACUGAGAGGACAACCUUUUCAGAUAUGUCAUCGUCAGCCGGUCUUUACAUAAUUGAUUUCAACUCAUUGGGCAACGAUGUGGCCGUCAAAGUCUAUGUCUCACAACACUAUCCCUAUCCGUUGGCCCCAAACGACCAGCACAUCGAUGUCCGUCAAGUAAAAGCCGGUGAACUACUUAUCAAUUGGCCAAUGAGUCCGUCGGAGUCCGUACAGCCUAUCGACUAUUGUGUAGCUGUCAGUAGUGGUGGUGGUGGUGGUGGUGGACAACGUCAUCAGCACCGGUCGGACAGCUGUCUGAUGGAUGCCUAUCUCAGAGGAGGAGAUACCGCCACAGAUGAACAGUACGAACUGGAUCUGAUACCUGAAGACCGGUCCAAUUCGUUUGCCUAUUGGUGGGGAAGGACUGUCAAAAAUAUGUUACGCCAGUCCCAGUUGCGGGCACUGGCAGCCAAUAACGUACGAAUAGCUUGCGUUGGCAAACAACGUUGGCAUCUGAUCCCAGUCUACGACAGUACACCACAACAAGGACAACAACAACUGGCCAACGAUUACCGUAUAGAUGUAUACGCCAGGAACAGCCUAACAAAUGCUACCACAAAAUACCAAUCGGUUAGCUAUACGAUUGUUAACAGUCGUCCAUUGGAUAUAAGCGAUGAUAAUCCGGUGCUUAUCAAACUCAACGCUACCAAUAACUAUACACAACUAUUGCAUUAUAAGACAACGACAACGACAGCGCACUGGGAUGUAAAUAAUACGUCCAGUAGUAGUAAUGACCGGACAGCAGCAGCAGUAGUUAGAUCUGAGAAAUUAUGGUUUCUGGUCAACUCGUGUUCGGGUUCUGGACCGAUGACUAUCAGUGCCCGACUAGUCGGUCCGGAUAUUGUAGUUAACAACAACAACGGCAACAGCACUGGUAGUAGUAGUGGUGAUUCAGCACUGGUAGCUGCAAAUCAAACAUCGCAAGACUUAUUAUUAUUCACCAAAAACGUACAUCUAUUGAAAAGCGAAGAGUUUUCAGUGACCACAACAACUACUUCGGCGGCCGAAACUAACGGAUCGUUGUUUCUGGUGUUUGAGUUACGGUCGGCAACUGGUAUUGCCGUCGACGGCGGCGGCGACAGGACUGUAGUGUUUAUGGCCACCAAUCGAUACAAUCGGUUCCCGUUUCCGCUGAUGCCUACGGACACACAAAUCAAACUCAUGUCCACAUUGACCGACUGUCAAAGUGUGACGUUGGCUUGGAAUGCCAGUCCCGACGAUCGGGUCCAGUACUGUAUAUACUCGCGCAAAGUCGACAAUCACUAUCAGUCAGUCAACCGUUUGGACAGUGUUUGUCCGUCAAUCACCACCACCACUGCUGCUGGUGUUAUGGUAGAUAUGGUGGAGGACAGGGAUACGAUCGACAACAACAAUCAGGGAUUCAGGAAAGUCCAGUGCAAACGCUACCAAAAAUGGUCGUCUCGGAGACGAUUUGGCAAUAAAAUCAUACAAUCAGUUAAGCGAUUAACUGCUGGUCAGACCUACGUGUUUCAGGUGUUGGUUACCAAACACAGGGGCCGUACGCUGGCCUACGAACAGGUCUGGGCGACUACUAAACAGAGAUACCAGUGCUAGAAAAGCAAGCAAACAAACACA